AUGGUAAAGCGACCACUCCAACCUGAUCCCGCUUCAGGUGCAAAGCGACUAACACUGCGGCAGAGAAUCCCAAUCAGGGGUCCCUCCACCGUUAACGAGAAGACUGGCUCUUCUCCAGCUUCGCCAUUGCAUGCAAGCCUCUCAUUACAUCCAGUCUCGGCCAAGGAGGCCCUGAUCGUCAAAGUUACCCCUCCUCAUGCUCCGGUAGAAGACAUCGACCCGGAAAACCCCCCUCAUGUUGCGUGUGACAUCGUACUGGUCAUCGAUGUCUCGGGGAGCAUGGGCGCCCCGGCCGAUGUGCCCGGCGAAGUAGAGAGCACUGGCCUUUCGGUCCUUGACCUCACAAAGCAUGCAGCCAUGACCAUCAUUGAGACGCUCAACGAAGACGACCGCCUAGGAAUCGUGACAUUCGGCAGCAAAUCUAAUAUUGUGCUGACCCUUACUUCCAUGACCGAAAGCAAGAAGGAAUUCGCCCGUCAAAAGGUCAGGGAGAUCGAGUCCCGUGACGCUACAAACCUGUGGCAUGGUAUGCGUGACGGUCUCGAAGUUCUGAGACGGGGUAAGCCGUCGAGCCGAGUGCCGGCACUCAUGAUCUUGACCGACGGAAAGCCCAACCACAUGUGUCCCGAGCAGGGUUAUAUCCCUAAACUUCGUUCUUUGUAUUCCGAGUCUGGUUCUGAGAAAUCCAAGCCUGGUUCUGAGCAAUCCUUGCCUGGUUCUAUUCAUACAUUCGGAUUUGGCUACAACCUUGAAUCUGGUCUCCUCAAAGCCAUCGCUGAGUUUGGAGGCGGCAACUACGCCUUCAUUCCAGAUGCUGGCAUGAUCGGAACCGUCUUUGUUCACGCCGUCGCCAAUCUACAGUCGACUUUUGCAACGAAGGCUGUUCUCACUCUGUCUUACCAAGAGCCACUGUCACUUGAGGAGACCAGGGGUGACUAUAUCGGGAGACACGCUCCAAAGUCUGACGGCCCAGAGAGCACACUUAGGUUGGAAUUGGGUAACCUGCAAUAUGGCCAGACACGAGACAUCUACAUCUCGGCGAAAGGUAUAGGAGAAGACCCCUUUGAUGAAAAGGGAGUGACUAGUGUGACGGCCCAUCUGGAAUAUUUCCCAAGUGGAGGCAAGCCAAUGGGGUCCGCCGAUGCAACAUGCAGCAUGCUGGCAGACGCCGAGCUCUCACCGAACGAGAUCGCAUACCACGAGUCGAGGACGCUAAUAUCCAAGUUUCUCGCAUCCAUCUUCCCCGCCAAUGUCAAGGAAGUCUACCAAGCACUCAAGCACGAGCAACUCAAGGCCAAGGUGGCUGAGCUCCCCGAGCUGAUCAAGGAACUUCCAGCCCAGAAAUUCGACGACGAGCUGAACAAAUCUCUCGUCGAGGACCUAGCAGGAGAAGAGCCCAGAGGCCAAAUAUCCAUCGCUCUCCGCACCCCAGAGUAUUUCCGCAAAUGGGGCACACACUACCUCCCCUCCAUCCACAACGCCCACACCAGGCAGAUCUGCAACUCCUUCAAAGACUCUGGCCCCCAGCAGUACGGCAUCGAUAGCCCGCUCUUCAUCGCCUGCCGCAAGCUCCUCGAUAAUGCCUUUGAUCAACUCCCCGCCCCCGAGCCAUCAGCUCCGCACCUCCGCUAUGCGGCGACCUCAAGCCACCCGACCUCCAACCACCCCUUCUCGAACCAGCCCUUCUCCAUGUCCCGCUACCACAACCCGGCCGGCAGCUGCUUCGCCGGCUCCACUUCCGUGGAGCUCGCGUCCGGCCGCCGCGUGGCCAUCCGCAAGCUCCGGCGGGGCGUCAAGGUGCGCACCCCCGCCGGCGCGCGCAAGGUCGCCGUCGUGCUCAAGACCCCCGUGACCGAGGAGACCAUGUGCCAGGUCAAGGGCGGGAUCCUCGUGACGCCGUGGCACCCCAUCGCGGGGGACAGCGACGCCAAGGCCUGGGGCUUCCCGGCGUACGUGACGGAGCGCAACGUGCGGUACACGGGCUUCGUGUACUCGGUGAUGCUGCAGCGCGGCGACGGGAACCCGAGGAGCCACGCGCUGAGGGUCGGCGACGUGUGGGGGGUCACCCUGGGCCACGGGAUCGUCUCCGGCAACGACAGCCGGGCGCACGCCUUCUUCGGGGACUAUCGGCGGGUCGCCAAGGCGUUCCUGGGCAUGGGCAUCGACAAGGCCGGGGUUGUGGUCGGGGCCGGUGUCGAGAGGGACAGGAGGACGGGCGUGGUAUCGGGGUUUCGACAACCUCCCCCCUUGCUGGAUCAAGAAUGUGUCGUGUCAUAA